AGAGGGUAGGGCUGGGAAAGGAGCUCAGCCCCGUUGUGUUGGGAAACAGCGACGGGAAAACAAGCCCAAGUUUCUGCUCUGCGCGCUCGCACCGACCGUGUGCGGGAGUCAGCGCGGAAACUCGGGAGGACCUCAAAGUAAAAAGAGAACGGAAAGAAAAAGCCCAAUCAAAAAGCAUCUUUCUAGGGAAACAUCGAAGAGGGAAACGGCAACAGUUUUCUGCGGGCUCACCCUCCCCGAGAACUGUCAGCCACUUUGCAGUAAGCAGAGCACAGGAUUUAUUUCUCGGCCGUGACUUCCAACCUGUGAAUAAAUAGCACUUUAGAGAGAGAAUGGGACCCGAAAAGACUCUCAAGCACUGAGCAGAGGGGUGAGUUUUAUUGAAUGGCUUCUUCUCUUUCCGAUCCGCUGGAGCUUUCUAACCUCCUGCUUUCAGGCACGGCAGCCCAAUGACUUGUCUUUUCACUGCAGCUUGUUGCAUCCCUCACCAGGCUUUCCUGAGCGCAGGUCUGUGUCCGUAGCCUUUUCCCCCGCCGCUCCAGGUCAUUCAUUUGCAGCAGAGCUGAUUUGCUGCCGAUUUGCUUUCAUGAGAAAUUAAAUCCACAAGUCUUUGAAACCGAACGGCAGCCUAAAAAUCAGCUAGAAUCCAACACCGUUUAAAAUGGCAGGUGACUUUAGGUUUCCAGAUGUGGACACUGACGUAACAGAGAAAAACGAAGAAACUGAGAUCGUAGUCAAUGUCGGUGGGGUGAGGCAGGUGUUCUACAGUGAUAACCUGAACCAGUACCCAGGAACACGGCUGGCAGAGUUGCUCAACUGCCUGUCGGGGGGAUACGACAGCAUAUUCUCCCUCUGUGAUGACUACGAUCCUGGAAAGAGAGAGUUUUACUUUGACAGAGAUCCAGAUGCUUUCAAAUGCAUUAUUGAUGUGUACUACUUUGGGGAAAUUCACAUGAAGAAAGGAAUAUGCCCCAUCUGUUUCAAGAAUGAGAUGGAAUUUUGGAAAGUGGAUCUUAAAUUUUUGGAUGACUGCUGCAAAACUCAUCUGAGUGAGAAAAAGGAGGAACUGGAGGAAAUAGCCCGAAGGGUGCAACUGAUCCUGGAUGACUUGGGAGUGGAUGCCUCCGAAAGCCGCUGGAAAAGAUGUCAAAAGUACAUCUGGAAGUUCUUGGAGAAGCCAGAAUCGUCCUACCCAGCUCGAGUGAUUGCCGUUCUGUCUUUCCUGUUCAUUUUGAUCUCCUCAGUUGUGAUGUGCGUGGGGACCAUCCCAGACAUGCAGGUCUUAGAUGCGGAGGGAAACCGUGUGGAGCACCCAACCCUGGACAGCAUCGAGACAGCCUGCAUAGGCUGGUUCACCAUGGAGUACGUGCUGAGGCUCAUCUCCUCUCCAAAUAAACUCCACUUCGCCCUGUCAUUCAUGAACAUUGUCGAUGUACUAGCUAUACUUCCUUUCUAUGUCAGCCUCACCUUGACACAUCUGGGAGCCAAGCUGAUGGAGCUGAGCAAUGUCCAGCAGGCAGUCCAGGCACUGCGCAUCAUGAGGGUCGCGAGGAUUUUCAAGCUUGCACGGCACUCCUCGGGGCUCCAGACCUUGACCUAUGCUCUGAAACGCAGCUUUAAGGAGCUGGGGCUGCUCCUCAUGUACUUAGCUGUUGGGAUCUUUGUCUUUUCUGCCCUGGGUUAUACCAUGGAGCAAAGUCACCCCGAUACCUUAUUUAAAAGCAUCCCUCAGUCAUUCUGGUGGGCAAUCAUCACCAUGACCACGGUCGGGUAUGGAGACAUAUACCCCAAAACAACUCUAGGAAAACUGAAUGCUGCCAUCAGUUUUCUUUGCGGAGUGAUAGCGAUUGCCCUUCCCAUCCACCCUAUCAUUAACAACUUUGUCAGGUACUAUAACAAACAGAGGGUUUUAGAAACGGCUGCCAAGCACGAGUUGGAGCUGAUGGAGCUAAACUCAGCUGAGGGGAAAACUGCAAGCUCCAAGGGUGAACUCGGGGACCUUGCAAGUGAGGGCAAGGAGGGCCCUUUUUAUAGCAGCCGGCUAAAAGUCUCCCACAGUGACACCUUUAUUCAUCUCCUGUCAGAAGAGAAACACUAUAGGACCAGGCUUCAAAGCUGCAAAUAAACUGUGAGCUGUUGUCGGCGCUAAGCCUAUAGAUGGGGACAACCUGACAAACAGCUUUGGAAAGGACACGAGGGAUCUGUUGGUGCUGGGAGGGAGCACUGCUUUGCUUUUCCAACGUGAACACAAACUAACCCGUGCUACCUCCAUCAGCAGUUGGUAAGACUUUGCUGUUAUUAUCCAAAGUAAAACCAUAGGACUCCAUUGAGAUCAGACUGCGUAUAAUGAUUGCAUUCUGACAACAACCAUUUGUAACCAUUUUAAAUACUGAAAAGUUCUUCCUGACCUGUAAAUGUUUGAUCUGAGUGUGCAGCAUUGCCAAUUCAGAGCUCUGUACCUGUAACAAUAAAGAGCAACAUCACA